AUGAACUUUGGGCAGUACAUGAACUUCUAUGAACUCAUCGUGGAGAACACACCAUGUCGACUCCAUUUUGACGUCGAGUACAAGGCCCCUGGUGUUGAGCAUCCUCUAGAGGCAGAUGAGACAACAAUCCCCAUCCUUUUGGAGUGUAUAGGUUAUGCCAUCGUCAAUGCAUUUCCAAUGUUGGAGGGCCAUGUUCAUCCCGAUGACUUCAUGAUACUCUACUCAGACACACCAGAGAAGUACAGUUGUCACAUCAUCUGGGCACCCCGUCGCGUCGAUGUUCGAUUCAAGAACAGUGGUCACAUCAUUCACUGGAUCGAUAAUUAUCUUAUGGAUCACAGACACACACACCAGGAGGUGAACUACAUCGAUAGGAGCAUCUACACAAAGAAUCGCAACUUCAGACUGUUGGGCAGCCAUAAGUACGGCAAACCGGUGUGGUCCAAGCUAAGCACUACGCUCAACACCAAGGAGGCAGGAACGAUGCACGUCGUUGCACAGUAUCAAGAGUUCACGAGAUCAUUGGUUUGUCCACCACAACCAACAGAGGAUAUGAACAGAGAGAUCAUCACAUCACCAUUCUUCGAUGAUAAUACAACACACGGUCGUGGAAAGCUCUCAUCAUCAUCGUCAUCGGUAUCAUCAUCCGAUUCUUCGUCUGCAUCUUCAUCAUCGUCCAGAUCAUCCGAUUGGUCUUGGUCAUCCGAGUCGUCGUCGUCGUUGGUGCCACAACCCAACAUACCAGUGUCACACUACAAAACGAUCCAACGUUGCCAGGAGUACAUCAGGCAAGACUACCAGAAGCAAGGCAAUCAUGGAAUCAAGGUACUAUUCGUCAAGUGUGUGGCGAAGAGAGAAGGAGAGUAUCUACUGGCUUCAAACUACAUGCGCUACUGUGUGUUUCAACGCCGAUUGCAUUCUAAGAACAACAACUAUGUGUACCUGUCAGUGUCCGGUGGGUGGUUUGGCUACCGAUGCCGAUCCAAACUAUGUGGUGCAUCAUCAACAGCAACAGCAACUGUAAUAACAACAAAGACAGUGGAUGCAAUUACCAAGACUGUGGAUUCAAUUGUCAAUGCCAUCACACCAGUAUCACAACCAACACCCCUACCUACACCUCCACCAACAACAACAACAACGUUGCCAUUCUCACUAUCACUCACAGACAUUAAACAAGGUUCAGAUGAAUGGUUAGAAGAACGCAAACGUUUCAAGGCCACUGGAUCAGUGUUGGCAGAGUACAUGGGUAUCUCACCAUACACGAGUCAACACCAAGCGGCACGGAUCUUCAUGGGUCUAGAGAAACGACAGUUCUCUCCAUUCUCAAAACUGGCAAUGGAACACGGCAAGCGAGAGGAACCAAAUGCCAGACGUGCGUAUGAAGAGAAGACUGGCAACAAGGUGUAUGAGAAGGGCAUGUAUCAGUAUGCAGUUGACCCACGAUUCGCUGCCUCCCCAGAUGGUGUCUUGUACGUUGACUCUCCAAAGAAUCCAGGUAGUGCUGUUGUGUUGGAAGGAGUGUUGGAGGUCAAGUGUCCAUUCGCGGCAUGUGCCAACGCACCACUAAAGAAUGGUCGCAAACCAGAUGCCCUGGUCAAAGCGGCAUCCAUCCCUCUUCACUACCUACCACAACUGUACGCCAACAUGGCAUUCUCUGGCGCCAAGUGGUGUGACUACGUUAGCUAUGUCUCUGGAGAGUUGCUUUGGAUUGCCCGUGUUAACUACGACGAAGAAGUAUGGCAGUUUAUAUAUAACAAGGUGGUUCAAUUCAUUGAACAUCCAGAGAAGGUUCCAGCGAGGAAUAUAAACAAGAGUUACACUGAGUAUCUGUUGCGAACCAAGGUGUUAGUGGUGAAUCCUGGACUCAACAUCACCACUAAAACUACGUAUGUGCCAAAACGCAAAAGUGAUAAUUGUUUGACAAGGUUAGAGUUAAAUGUUCGCAUGCUGUAG